AUGGUAAAUGCUGCUCUUCAACAGAUAUCUUUCUGUCUUGACUUGCGCAAGAUUAACUGUCGACUCUUACUGUCGACUGUGAAUGAUUGCAGACGUUGGCUAACCUGUGAUCAGUCUCAAUUUUCGUUUUGCUUUGUAAUAACAUUCCACUUAAGAAAGCAGUCAAAAAUAGGGUACAAUACCAUGGGGAACGUUGUAAUAGAGGGCAAUUCAUAGCACUGUGGAAUACCACGUUUUAAAAUCGUAUAUAAUCGACUCUCUAGGACCCACAAACUAUUUUAUCACGCAUUACACGAAAAAACCUAAAAUUUUUAGUGAUAUGAGCUGUUCUUUUAGUUUCUGAAUGGUGAUCUUGCAGUAUUUCGUAUCCGUGGUGUAGUUAAUGUGCAAAUCUGUCACCGAACCACCAUGGUGCAGCAAUGGCUAAAAUCAUUCUCCCGUUACCAAUCUGGAUUUAUCCUUCAGAAUUGCCUCUUGGUCCCAUUGUUUUUAUCAGAAAGUGGUUUUGUGACGGGUUUAUGGAUGAUUGAGACCAUUGGCCGUAGACUUUACUUGAUCCAUCUUACUUGGAGUGGUCUCAAAAGUUAAUGACCUAACGCAGGCUUGACCUUCGUUCAUGUAAUCUACUUUUUAUUGCAUCAAGGCUUAAUGCCAAGUCUGAUAGUUUAGUUUCAUGGCAUCGAGAACCUGGUGCCACAGCUGUUGAUGCUUUCAGUAUUACCUGGGCUAAUUUUAAUUGUUACGCUUUUCCUCAGUUUUAGUCAGCUGUCUCGACUUUCGGCCAAAGAAAAAGGUAACCAAAACGUGUCCUAAGCCGUCUUCGCCAUCUCUGUAAGAAAGCCACUGAUGUUAUAAAGACUCCUUGUCCUUCUACUCAUUGCGCCGCCUUAUUAACGCCUGUUGGCUCGGAUCUCAAUGAAGGAAUAAAAAUAAAACAGCGCUGUCACCUACGUAGGCAGCAGAGUGAAGUGAAAUGCCCAUAGUAACUUAGUAGAUGUCAUGGAUGGAGUCUUUCCUUCAAAAGAACCUUUUUCAAAUAAUGAAUAUCUGAUUUUGGGUGCAAACUUGAGUCGAUGUAGAUUUUCUUGCCGUUGGCAAACUGACCAAAACAACUUUUCCGAUUGCUUAUGAAGCCAAAAAAGGACGUCUUACCUUCUCGUUUUAUGUGAUAAAAAGGUUCACGCAAAUAUUUGUAAAAGUUAAUCCAAAAAAUGAAAAAUAAAAGGGUGUUGGAAUCUUAUUAUAAUCUUUUUUACUCCCACUUAUCAUCUUCGGCCGGACUUACUCUUCUCCGAAGCCACACCUCUUCUAAGAAGGGUGUUUUGAAUUUAGUUAUCACCGAUGCAAUCGAUAGUCAGUUCUGUUAAAGCUCUUUAGAAAGCCAAACUCCGGUGGUGAACAGGUUUCCAAAACGUUAGUUUUGCUUAAUUAUUGACUUAAACCUACUCUAUCAUGUCAAGAAUAGAUUUUCUUUCAAAACACUUUUUUUAAAGACAUGAACUUUUAAUACUAACAAAAUGAGACAUGCUAUAAUUCUUCGAAAAGAAAAUGGGUCCUGCUUAAGUCGAAUCGGCAUACAAUAUUGCUUGUAAUCAAACUGAUAAAAUACAAUUUAAUUUCCUUUUAGUGAUGUUGGAAAGAUUGUCGACCCUUUAUUUUUUUACAGCACGAUUUUAAGUGGGUACCAAGGUCACACAUGUACAAGAUGAUUCUUAAGUUAAAAAAGCUGACAAACAUUGUUUUAAAGAAUAAUACAAAGAAUGGUAAAAGAGGGUCAAAAACGAGAUUCACCCUGAGCAGAUUCACCUGAUCGGGAUUCGGGAUCGGCACCUGAUCACAGUAGUAUCCGUAAUAAAGAGGUUAAGUUUAUAUGAAAUUACUCUCUGGGGCCGAGAUUUCGUGUCCGUUGUCCGUAUUAGAGAGAGUCGGUAUUAUGGAGGUUUAUUUAAGAAAAUAUAUGAGAAUUUCUCGGGACACUGGAAACUGUCCGUAAUAGAGAGGAGUCGGUAUUAGAGAGGUGUCCGUACCGAGAGGUUCGACUGUAUUCUUUUCUACCACUAAUUAUCAUGUGAAAGGUUUAAAUCCAGGAGUCAUUUCAAAAGUAGGUUGAGUUUCAUCGUCCGAGUAACCGUAGUCCUGAAUAGAACUGUUGUUGUUGACAUUGACAUUUACUGAUGUUUCGACAACCUGUGCGAUCAUCUUCAGAGUCAAGGUAAGUUGUAUCACGUCAGUUGAUGGUAUUAUACUCUGGUUAUAGAGCAAAACUCUGAUGGUAAAAAGGUUUCUUUCUAAAAUGUUAGUUUUCUCAAUGAUUGACUUCAAAAUACUCGGUCGUUUCGAAAAAAGAAAUUCUUUCAAGAGAAAAUCGUUUUUAAAGGCAUCAUUUUUUGACACUUUCAAACUGCGACAUGCUAUGAUUCGUCGCUAGUACUCUCUAGGGUGGAUCCCGCUUUAGUCAAAGCGGCGUACAAUGUUGCUUGUCCUCAACCUAACGGAAACACUUUAAUAACUUUAUGCUGUGCUGAUGAUGUUGGACAGAGUGAGGACCCGUUUACCACGGCUUUCAGCGGAUACCUAGGUCACGCAUGUAAAAGAUAACUGUUAAGUUAUAGAAACAAAUACGAGCUAAAAAAUAAAGUUCUAAAGAAUAAUACAAUGAAUGUUAACCUGAGAAUAGUAUGAUGAAUGGUAAAAGAGGGUCAAAAAUGUGACUCUACGUACCGCGCCACGAAAAGCCUUUCCCCUUAAUAAAAAAGGAGUUUUAAAGGAAAUAGAUCUUUCACAGUUUAGCCUAAAAAAAUUGCUGCAUUUGAAUGUAAAUAAGGUCAAUUCUCGACGAAAUAUGUUUUUUAUGAAAAUCGAGAAGAUAGCUUUGUAAGCAGUUCGAACGUUUAAAUCGUUGUUGUCAAAGGAAGCACAACGUUCAACAGACAGUCACUAUUCUUUUCUACCACCUAGUAUCAUCUUCGGGCCUUAUUCUUUCCCGAAGCCACCCUUCUUGGUGUAUAAAGCUUUCAUUUAAAUUUACUUCAAGCUUACAGAAAGGUAAACAUCGGUGGUGAUUAGGUGUCGAAAUCGUUCGUCUUUCUUUUUAUCAGUAGAUUUCGUUUUUUAUCCUGGAAAGAAUGUCCACACACCCACGUCACCGUUAUAUUUGCGGAUAAAAAGUACACGCAUCAAAGCAAGUUCAACUUCUUUUACCUUGUAAUGACAAAUAAACUAAAAUAUGGAUUGAUUUACACAGAAUAAUUCAAUGAAUGGUGAAGGAGGAUCAUAAACGAGGUUCUACUAACCACGUCCAUUGAAAAGCCUUUUCCGUUAUCAGUAACAAAUUUAAAUGGGUUAUUUUCAAAGAUUUCGCUAAGAAUUCACCAAACGUAUACAAAAUAGAAAUGCUUUUUGCAACACGGUUUUUCAGAAAAUGGAGGAGUUCAGACGUUUGACUCGUUGAAACAGUUUGAGUAGAAUAGAAAAAACACCAUUCAGCCGACUGUUCUAUUUUACCACUAGUUAUCAUUUUGACCGUUGGUAUUCUUCUCCGAAGGAAACCGUCUUUGUGUAUUAAGAAUUUUUAAUGUUUAUUCUCAACCAUGCAAUCAACAGUCUUUCUGUUAAAGAUAACAGAAAGCUAAAAACUGGUGGUAAAAAGGUUACUUUCCAAAACGUUAAUUUUCUUAAUCAUUGACUUCAAAAUACUCGGUCAUGUCGAAAAAAGAAAUUCUUUCCAGAGAACACCAUUUGUAAAGGCAUCAUUUUUUGAUAAGCUUUCAAACUGUGACAUGCUAUAAUUCGUCGCUAGUAUUCUCUAGGUUGGAUCCCGCUUUAGUCAAAGCGGCGUACAAUAUUGCUGUCCUCAACUUUACGGAGACACUUUGAUUUUCCUUUAUGCUGUGCUAUGGAUGUUGAAAAGAGUGUGGACCCGUUUACCACGGUUUUCAGCUCAUGCCCAGGCCACGCAGCACAAGAUAUCUCUUUUCCGUUAAAGCAACAAAUAAGCUGAAAAGUAAAGUUCUAAAGCAUAAUACAAUCCAGGGACCGCGGAGCAAGGUGAAAAGUGGGAGGGCUGACAAUUGAAAAUAUUUUUUUCAUAUUGAAAAUCGAAAAAAGGAAUAAAAGGAAUAAAAUCAUAGUAUUUGUAUGUUAAAUGGUCAAACUAAAACUCAUCAUUUUCACUGCAAGUAGUUGUCGUCUUUUCUGCAGAGCUUACGGACUUUGACGAAGUCCCAGAUAACUCUAAUAAACGACCAACAUACACGGUCAGUUCAGAUUCAAUGCAAGAAAAGACGGGAUUACAAUUUUAGUAUAGAAAAUACCACACUGACGUGAUCUGAAAAAUUUCUAAGUAUGGCCGUUCACUGUUCAAGUAAUGUAAUUCUUCUUGCCAUCGAAUAUUUCAUUGAUUCGAAAGGAGAAAGAAAAAAUAUAAAACUUUUAUCAACUCAAAACAACUACACACCUUCAUUUGGCUUGAAAAAGCUAGUAAUUUUCUUCAUUUCGUCGCCUAAGAACUCGCAACAUUUCAAUGUGAAUAAAAUCAAUAGUGAUUGAAAAAUGGUUUUUAUAAAAAUAGAGGAGAAAGCUUUGUAACGAGCUCUAAUGUUUGAGUAGUUGUUGUCGAAGAGGAAGCACAACGUUCAACAGACUAUUCAUUUCUACCACCAAUUAUCAUCCUCGGGCCUUAUUCUUUUCUGAAGCCACCCUUCCUGGUGUAUGAAGGUUUUACUUAAAUUUAUUUUUAGCUUACAGAAAACUAAACACCGGUGGUGAAUAGGAUCCCACGUCACCGUUAUGUGGGGAUAGAAAGAACAUACAUGCACCAAAGCAACAAAUAAACUGAAAUAUGAACUUUUAAAGAAUAAUAAUUAGAAUGAAUAGUAAAAGAGAGUCAAAAACGAGAUUCUACAAACCACGCACAACGAAAAGCCUUUCCCAAUAUUAUGAGAGAGGUUAAUGAUAAUGAUUGUCAAUGAAGUUUUAUCUAAAAAUCCCCUGGUCUUAAAAAACAGAAUCUAGUCGAAAAAUGGUUGUUUAGAAAAUAGAGAAGACGCCUCUGUAAGGAACUUGGACGUGCGAGUAGUUGUUGUCUGAGGAGAAACGACGUUCAAAAGUUUUUUUUUUUUUUUAUUACAAAUUAAUACACCAUUUUUUUAAAAAAAACGAUUGAUAUUUAUUUUUCCUAAUGAUCUUCUUUCAUUAAUAACUUUCCGUCUUCCUGCAACAAGAACAACAACAAAUCCGUUAUCAACUUCUCUGCUGUAUGAUAUACUUUAAAAGGAGUUUUAGUGAUCGAAGUAUUUAAGUACAUUGUGGAACCUCGAUUUAACAUGCAAAGGGACUGGGGAAAUGUGUUAGUUAAGUGGAGGGUUUGCUAUAUCGAACACCUCUAUAUAACGAAUGCUUGGGAAAUGUUACAUCGUUAAGCGGAAAUGAGGUUAUAAGGUGUGUAUGACUGUGUAUAUAAACACUUGGAUAGUUUGCCAGACACAAGUUCACAGAUCUUUGAUCUCUUUCUCUAUCUCUUUGGCAUGUUCUAGCCAUUUCUAAUACUUAAUCCCUUGAAGGACAUCUGUGAGCAAUUAUUGAUCAAACCUUUUAAUUUCUAAGGCUUAAUUUCAGGAAAAUAAAAUGAACUGUUUGUAAAACUUUAACUUCUAAUAAUUAAAUCUUUUGUAAUGGUUUAAAAUAAACUAUUCUCAAAACAGAGAAUGCUUUUAGAUCAUAGCUGUGUAAAUCAAACUGAAACAGUGCAUGGAACCUUUCGUUUCCUGUUUUUACUCUCACCUUCUGUAUAGAAUAUGUGUGAAAAUCUUUGAUCAUGAAUUGGUAUAUUUCAAAGAGCUACACAAUGACCAAGAAUACUAUUGACCGACAAUAUACAGAGGGGGUGGAGCUGUAUUGUCAACUAUUACUAGAAAAUAUUUCUUAUUUGAGGGAGGUGGUUAAUAGAGGGAUGGCUUUUAUUUGAGGAAAUAAAAUAUUUUGUAUCAUCUUACAAUAGAACUUUGAUUUCCACUUUAAGGUCAAAUCCACAGAGCUAAACCUCCAAGGUUUCCAUAUUUGUUAUAAAUGUAUGGUUCAGCUACAUGUAAGAAAGACUUGCCAAAAAACUUAUGAAUUACUCAACUUGUUCAGAUCUUAAGUGACAUUUAUAUAACCACAAGUAUUUGUUAUUUUUGCAUCCCCUAACACACCUUGUCUGUCUGCCCCCUUCUAAUAUUGUUGCAUAAACUUUGCUUUCAGUAUCUCUUGCGGAAUGCAAAAUGGUGAAUACUGCUCUUCAACAGAUAUCUUUCCAUCAUAAUGAAACAAUUCUCUUCAUCGAAUUCUCAUUAACGUAUUGUCUUAAAAGUUAAAUGACUAGAAUGCCCAAGAGCAAAGUGAUCAAACAUUUUAAAUUAAAAGUAAAAGAGAAAUAGUGAAGAAUUAGUGCCAACUAUUGAUAGAUAAAGUAUGAAGGAGUGCUGCCAUAUAUUUAUUUGUUAUGGUCUACAGUUCAAGGUUGCUUUUUGAUUUCCAUAAAUGGAAAUCGGCUCAUCCUCGGUGUAAGAACCUGUUAAACGCACAAGUGAUGUAAAACAGAGGAAACAAAGAAGUCAACACAAUAGAACGCAGAAAAACAAAAGGUGCGAAACAAAGAAAAAGUUCACAGGUUCUUACACCGAGGUAAACCCUGGAAAUCGACAGAUUUAGACGCCUUACACUACUACAUGAGAAAUUACUGCAAUUUGAUUGGCUUAGAGCAGUGGUGUUUCAGCUUAAUUUGAAAUACCUACAUGUGAAAAUUACAAACCUUUUGCAGGUAGUAGUAUAAACAAAUAACAGCAUGAUUUGUACGUGAUAUUUGGCAUAAAUACCACUCGUGAUAUUUCAAAAUUGUCUCAAAUUUAAAUUACGUAUAACAAUUUCGAAAUAUCACUCGUGGUAUUUAUGCCAACUAUAACUACAAAUCUUGCUAGUACAAAAACAAAGCUCUUCAUGUCAUAUGUCGUAGUAGCUUGCCCUCGAUCAUGGAAAAAAGAACAUGUUCCCUUUUUAACGAUGAUCAACUCAGUAGUAUAAUAAAUAUGUUAGCUUCCUUGUGAAUUAAACGCUUUUUCAUUCCAGAAAAUCUGAGGAAGUAUUAAAAAGUUGAACUAGUAAUCAUAUGAGCUUACCCCUGAUACGUGAAAAGGUGAAAAGGGGUGCCAUAAUAGAAAACAAACAGAAAGAUCUUACCAAAUCUUCAUCCACUUUGCUGGUUGAUGAAGAAGCACCUUCUUUGCUCUUUUUUAUUUUUCUCUCCCCGUUAUCUCUAAAAUCUCUCUUUGCGGGAGAACGUUUUGGCAUGGUACAACAGCACCUACAACGCGACGGUUGACAACUCACAAGCGAUCGACCAAGAAACAACCCAGCAAGUACGUCAUGUAAGGUCACCUAUUGACCAAUAAAAACGCGGGCUCGAGUAUUGGAGGGUCAUUUUUCGCCCUCUAUUACAAUCUUCCCCAUGGUAAAGUACCCCCCUUUUUGAACGCUUUUAUAGCUCAACAUUCCGGCGGGCAUCUCAGGUUAAAUGUUGGCCAACGGUACAAUACAUGUUUAAUACAUGACGCUUCCACUAUGCAUGGCAACGACCUAAACAACAUGGCGGGCGGUGUGAAGGAUCUCUUUUCCCUAAUACAUAAACUUAUCGCUUGAUUCACUUACUUAAUUUCAAGUAAUAGACGUCAUAGUUAUUGUUAUAGUUAUGCCGAAGAAAAAGGGAAAGAAGAAGGCAAAAAAAAAAUCAAGUAAGUCCAGCGAUGAACGCCAAACGUCCAUGCAAGUUGGAGGCAUUCCAAACAGAACGAUGAUUCAACAUAUGGCUUCAGAAACUCUCAGUGUUGCUGGCAGCAGUCGAAGCGGCAUUUCCUCCAGAGAAAGGGUAGGAAUUCGAAGUAAAUACGGAAUAGAGUAGUUCGCUACAUGAAUGAGCAUUAUUUUUUCUCAUGCCUGCAUGGUGCUCAUACAGGAUCUAGAAUAACCUGAGAUCAGGCCCAAUUUUAGCAGUUCUCAUACAUUCUCUCUUACGUGCUCCCGCUAAAAUUGGGCCUGAUCCAAAGUCUUACUAGCUUGUGCUCGCUGUGGCCAGAUUUUGGCCGCAAUGCUGAUUGGCUGUUCAUCGGAAGUUGAAAACGCUUAUUCCUCGCGUGGCUGAUAGCACUGUCAAAAAAUCUUUGUGAAUGAUCCGCCGUCAGCGGAGAGAAGGAUUUUGCUGUCUUUUUUAUUGUUUUAUGGUCUUGUGGUAGGCCUGCCUUAAUAUGUGCCAUGGAAAUUCAGAAAAUUCAAAUGGUUGUCCAUAUCUUCUCAGGAUUUGCUUCAUUUAUGGAACUAAUAUGAUUGUAUCGCGGAGUUGAAUCCCUCUGCAGGUUGUUGACCGCGAACAAGAUGCCUUUUGAUUUACCAACAAACAAGUGCAAGUCAAAAUACUGUCACCAUCUUAAAACUGGUUUUAACGUUUAGUCAGGAAUGACUUCUUUGAACGGGGUAUGCAAGCGUAGGCUCACUGCGAAAGAAACCUCAAUCGACAGCUGUGAACCAUUAGACACAUUAUUAUUUAUUUAUUAUUAUUUUUUUGAACUAUUAUUAUUUAUUUUGCCUUUGAAAAAGUUUGCAAUAUACAGUGUAUUUCUCCAAGAGUUUUAAAGAUUUAUACACUGAAAAUCGAGGAAAAUUGGCGAGGAAAUAUAAAGGCUGCAGAAAAAUAGAAAUUUCACUAUUUUAAAAAUUGAGCGUGCCUAGCGAAAAUAUUAAAACUAGAACAAAGUGUCGCUGUCUCUUCGAAAACGUUUUACCUUCUAUGGCAACGGAAAUAACCUCUAAGAUCUUUACUCUCGUAAGAAGUUAAAUGUGAUUGUGGUGACUGUUUUAUUGUUAGUUGAAAAAAAGAUAAGAGCUAUUUUUUUAGUCGGCGAGUCUACAUUUUUCCCACGUAUAGAAAAUUUGCAUACUGAAAAAAAGCAUGCAACGGAAGUAAUAAAAAAGUGGGCAGCAGACGUUUCGUAGAAGGUUUGUAUCAGGCUCUCUUUUCGUUUCACCUUGCCCACCGGAAUGUUAUUUUUAAGGUGAAACAAAAAUAGAGCCUGAUCUCAGGUUAGAUCUGGACAGGUAUUUUUGGCAUCUAGGAUUUGACUAAACUACGGUGCGGAAUUCGGGAAAACGCAAAAUAGCUUAACAGGUAACGUGAUUUGACUGCUACCUGGGAAACGGGAUUCACCAAAAUUUGGGCAUUGGAUGCAGCAAUUUUUGCUUGUCUUUCGGAAUUUGGGAAGUUGAUGUUGUAGCGGCAAUAUGGGAGUUAACCAGCUCCUAUCGGAGCAAACUGUAGAGUAACGUAGAUAAUGAUUAUAAAAUUGAAACUGUCAACAAAUAAGCGGACAGAAGUUUCACAGGCAGUCAUGUCCAAUACUGGGAUCUUGUGUAAUUUGUGAACCCCUUGAUCAAGUAUCAGGUGGCACUAUUGGCCGAUAGUUCAGUUAACAUGUUGGCCGAUUAUGGUCCACUCUUGAUUGCCUUAUCAGUCAACUGUCGGUAGACAUGUCAAUCGGUAUGUCAGUCUACACUCCACCUAUAUGACAGCCAGUCUUAAUAGGCAAGUUUCGUAUUCCCGACAGCCCUGGGAUGAGCACAAUUGCAAGGCUAGUGCGGGUCAACUUCUUUGCAAAAACAAGCAUAGGCAAUUUGCUGCUGAGUCACUGGAAAACGAUAGAAAUCUUAAAAAUAGUAACAUUUCAAAACUUAAACUUAUCAGUAAGUCAAAGGGAUAUCUGUUACAAACAAUAAAAUUGUGGGAAAAGCUGAUCGUAAUAACUGAACAGAAGAAAGGAUAAGGCGAUGAACCCAAAAGAAGAAGUAAACUUUUUAAGCUUGAAAAGGGUAAAAUUUGUUAAACUAACAAUAUUUUAUUUCCUUUAAUUAUCUUACUUUUUAGUAUUCUAUUUACUCUUGUGUAUAUCUGAAAAAUGGAGUUUAACCCAUUCACUCCUGGAGAUUUUGCCGAAAAACGCGUUUUGAAGCUAGUCGAGUGGUUUUCUGGUCACUGUCGUGUUAUAAAGAGCUUAAACUUACCACAAACCGGUUUACAGGUCGUACACUUCAAGGCCUUCUGAUCCAGAUGCAAAAUAUCAGCUUGCGAAGUUCGGGCAUGCGCAGAAAGCAAAAUUUCGAGAUAGUUUUUGGGUUUAAAAGUGACACAGCAGUCUUGACUUUUACUUUUCGCUUUCUCUCCUCCCCUCUUUUUUCACUUUUCUUGCCUCAUUUUUUUUCUCUUGCUGGGCAUUUAGUAGGCUUCAUUUUGGUGGGAAUAGUUUUUAGGAAAGCUUUUAGGAUCUUAGGAUUAGGUGAAAGGAAAGGUAGGUGAGCAAUGUAACAAGAUUUCCUUGGAGAUUUUAAGGUCAAUGUUACAUGGUUUUUUGCCUCUUUCUCCGGUGUCCUUGACUGAAUUAUGCUCAUUCUGGUAUGGUUUGAGAGAUCUCUUCACUCUGCACAAGUUAGCAGACAAAGUUGUCCUUGACCGUUAAAACUGAUGACGUCACAAAGGGUAGAAAGGAUGUGGAUCUGCACGGGCAGUUACGGGCGGUUCAGAGGCGAAUGGGUUAAACUGCUCAGUAUAUCGUCUGUAUAAAAUUCUGUGUUUGAGUUCUUGUCGAGUGAAAUGUGCAUACAUUUUUCUUUAGGUGACUGAAUAUUUUGAUAAGUUUAAAUAAUGUUAGCUAGAUGAAAGUUUAUGUAUAAAUAAACUUAUACUAUUUUAGUUGUUUUCGUUUAAACUUAUUUAACUUCCUAACAGUGCAAGGAAUUUAUGCAGAACGUCUGUCCUGUCAGUUUAUUUUUUCAAAAACACAAGAUUUUGCAUUUCAAUUUGCUCCAUAACCAUUUGAAAAAAAAUGUCAACUAAAAAGAAGGUCACAGUUUAACUUGCAGGUUUUUGACAAGUAUGUACACUCCAAUUUAAGGUAUGGCUAAAAGAAGUUUUAACCAUCACUAAAAAUAACAUUAUAAUGGCUUCAGGGUAUUACCUUGUUUAAGGAUUUUGAAACCAUUUUCGCAUUUUUGUUGAACUCACUCACCGACCACUAUUUAAGUCAAUUUCUGGUUAGGCUCGUUGUUUUUCUUAGUAAUGACAAGCUGAUUUUGCUUUUGCUGUUUGAAACCGAUGAUUUCUCAAUCCUAGGUUUUGAGACCUCAAACUUUCCUUUUUCUCGGCCAGUCAGACGCAGUUUUCUCAUGUUUGUUUGUCUUCUUGGUGAAGAAGCAAUAAACAAGCACUCAUCCUAGGCUGCCCAAGAAUAUGAAACUAUCGGUGGACUGUUGGUGGAAUAUUAUAUCGGUCGACUAUUGGUGGCAUAUUGGUCGACUGUCGUAUACAGUAAUAUAAUAUGUGUUUUAAAAUCAGUUCGGGGAAGCUAGGUUUCAGUGUUAUGCACUUCAAAUGUAAUAUUCCUCGUUCUUUCAAGCCAAUAUAAAACAAAACAAAAGAAGAGUUAAAUAUUCCUACUUCUAUACAUGUAAAUCAAGAAAAAAAUAAGCACACCCCAUUGCCGACGAAGCCUUCUCUAAAUGGCAAUAAACAGACCAACCACAACUCUUGAGAGUCUGUAUACGAGUUUUGCUAUCUUUACAAUCCGUAUGCAUGAACAAACCACAUAUUCCUGUUUCAAUUAAGGUUGCUUCGGUGAAGAAUGAUGCUUGAUGCGCGAUCCAUGUUUCAUGGCACUGUCAUGGCCUACGCUGCAUCAUGGGACUAUGCUAUGUCAGUUUAACAUUAAGACAGUAUUUCAAAAGACUGAAACAGGGGCCUUUGGCAGUUGCUGCUUUUUAAGACAGUGAUUUGAGUUAGGUUUUGCUCUGUGGCCUAAUAUGCAAGUGUUGCAAAUUUUUACUUGUGCACGUGAGAAUUUUAGAUUGAGUUUUAUAAAACAAAUACAAGGGGUUUGUUGAAUCAGUAUGGGUUUAUUUAUUUUUGAGGCAAAUUUUUUAAGAUUAAAAACAGAAGAUAAAAGAAUAGUGUUGAUUUGUUUCAUUGAAAUAUUCAGCAAUGUGGCCCAGACACAGCUUAAAGAAGCCAUAAAACCCUCUUCAAUUAAUGAGGAGUUGUUAAAGGAAGCGGCUUCUAAUUUCUUUCUGUGAUAUUUUAAAAAUUAAAUUCCUCAGCUCGUUCAUCCUUAAGAAUUUGCUCAGCCGAGUGAGAUGGAAGCUCUCUUAAACGCUUUUCUCACUUUUUAUUAACACCUUCAAACAAAUUACAGUUUUAAAUGGCCUCCAUUCUUCCAAUCAACAUAAACAGGGCUGAACUUCCGGCUACAAAAGGGUCUACCAUAAAGCACCACAGGCUUUGAAGAAUGGAUUGUGCAUCAUGUACACAAGAACAACCUUAAUUGAAAAAGGUGUCUACCGUCUCUUGCAGCCAUGAAAGUACUGCAAGUCCUACUAAUGAGAUGCCAAUUACGGACUGUAUGCAAGUUUUGCAAUCUGUACAAUCCAUAUAUAUAUAUAUACGUGUAUGGAUCGACAAACUGUUUAUCCUCUUGUGCAUGAUGAAAAGUCCUACUAAUGAGAUGCAAUUUAUGGAUUGUAAACGGCUCUUUACGGACCAUAAGCGAGUAUGAUCCAUACGAAAUGACAAACCGUAUAAUAAUAAUAAUAAUAAUAAUAAUAAUUAUAAUUAUAACAAUUUAUUGACAGUAUUUCUACAUGGUUUACAUCCAUCAUACUAACUAAAAAUUAACUAACUACACUGUACUUACAUAAUCUUACUAAAAAAUCACUCACUAUUUACAAUGCACUUAAAAACUGUUAAAACUGUAAAAUCGAAAUUAAACUACUAUAAAUACUUUGAGUAACCAUAACUAGGGCAUGCUGGCCCUACUCUUUAAAAUUGUAAAACAAUUAUUUUUUAAAAGUAUUAAAGUCUGGACACUGCCUUAAAUUUGCGGGUAGGGCAUUAAAUAAAGUCACUAAUGAGUCCUGGAAAGUACUCUAGAUCUUAUACCCUCCCUUGCCCUGAAAAUAUUCUAAGUCACACAAAUGAGAUGCAAUUUACCCACUGUAAACAGCUCUUUUCCAAUGGCCUUGUCUCAUAAAUUCAAAAUUUCAAUUGAAGUUGCAAACAUUUUACAUUUAUUAGCUUUGGCAGUGGUUAGUCUUUUUUAAUGACUUUAUUUUAGAAACAACAAACGGGAUUUGGGAAAGGGAUGAACAAAAAGAGCAGGAUGCUGGAUUUUCUAGAGUGGAGCUGGAAUGUGAGAUCAGGACCCAUCCGUCUAGACCCUACUCAUAGAGCAUUUUUUGAGGUCUUCCCACGCAGUCCAAAAGAAAAAGUGAAAACCUCUUGAAAACGGACGUUAAUAAAUUAUUGACAAAAGGGCAAAAAAAAAAAAUCAGACAAUUUGGCAGGUAAAAGUGAAAUCCUGAAAAUAUUAAAUUAUUUUUCCUUGGAAAGUAAGAUCUCUGCCUCACUACCUCACAGGUGGAUCCAGUGUGGAUUGCCGUUUGUAUAAAAAAAAUUGUCUUACAUGUAAUAAUAGAAAGAAACGCUGAUAAUUUAUCACAAAUUAUUACAGCAGCAGGUUAUUAAACCAUUUUCCAAUCUGAUAAGUAGCAGGUUGUUGCAUUUUUUGAAUAACUGAAUGAAAUGAACCUUUGCGACAAGAAUCACUCAAGUGAGAAAGAAGCACUGCAGUGAGCCAUCAUUGAUCAGCAGGCUGCAUGUAAAUAUGCAGAUCGAUGCAAACAAGCGAGAGCCAUCACCCUGAAUGAGUACCUUAUUAUACGAAACAAGAACACGCUUACAGCGGCAUUCAGGUCCCACCUGCUUGGAGAUUAGAUCAAGAAAUGAGGAGGCGAUUAAUUCUACAAGAAAUAUGAUUUACUCACUAAAGGUUUUUUACUUCCUACUUUAUCGAUGUCGAUACGUUUUAUUUGUUUCUGAAUUGAUUUACACUGUAGUAUGAGUGUAAGCGACGCCCAAAAAUACCUCUGCAGUACGUAGCAGCCUAUACGCAUGUAUAAAUACAUGAAAAUUCAAGGGUCUCGAUUCCAGAGAAAUUGCAUCAUUGCCAGAUAUCGAGAAAGUGAUUCAAAUGGCACGUCAUUUCAAUCGCUGAAAAUAAAUUGCAUGCUCAUCACAAGACUCAUUUGCAUACAGUGAAUUAAGUUUACAACACCCGACCAUCGCAAUUUUGCCAAUUAAGAUUCUUAUUUUUUUUGACCACUCAGUAGUGUUCACUUGCUCCAAAGUAAUCAAUGCUUUCAAGCGAUAGAAUUCGUUGACCGACAUGUUUAAGAAAAGCUCUAAAUUUAAUCUUUCCUAAGCUUUCUUCGCAAAACAUGUGUGGCUUUGAUCAUGCAAAGAUUCUUAGUCCCAGUUUCCACGGUCUCCGCAACGAACGCCUGGCAUAAUGACCUGCCUUUUGUGUCCCAAAAAUUCUUGGGGAUACUUCCAGCACACUUCUUGAAACCUUUACCCUAUUUCAGACCAAAAUCUGUGAUUUUCCCUACCCUAUUUUAGACCUGAAGCCCUGGAGCCCGGCACGUGAGCGGAACACAUGACAGGCUGUUACAGCACAUACACGGUAGUUGGCAUAAACAUUAAAAGGGAAAUGGUCUUAUUGCCAAAUGAUGAAGAAGUAGCUAAUUCUUCGAAAAAACAUACCCAAUUCAGGACUAGAGUGCACAAACUGUACCCUACUUCAGACCAAAAUGGUCAAAAUUGAUACCCUAUUUCAGACCAAAACAGCUAAAAAAACAUACCCUUUGGCACGGCAUACCUAUAUAAUUAUAUAGCCUAUAUAAGGGACAACCCCACGGGGCGAAAAAUGCGUUGCAGAUUAUGAGUCUCGCUGCUAGUAUUGGAAAUUAAUGUGACUUGAAUUAAUGCAAAUUUAUUGGAAAACGACUUUCAAAUAAUUUAUUAAAUUGAUGUAAUUUAAUGUAAAAGACAGAUCGAGUAACAUUUCAGAAUGAAGCAAAUGUAUGUGACACUCACAGAGAAAAACUUGUUGAGACAAGAGAAAAUGCAAAGUUAAAGAUACAAUCUGAAAAGGAAACUUUGUUCUUGAUACUUUCCUGGCAUACAGCAGACUGUAUGAUACUCGGCUUCAUACCACAGCCUGUAUGAUAGGGCUUCAUAUCACAGCCUGUAUGAUAGGGCAUCAUACCACAGCCUGUAUUAUAGGGCUUCAUACCACAGCCUGUAUGAUAGGGCUUCUUACCACAGACUGUAUUAUAGGGCCUCAUACCACAGCCUGUAUGAUAGGUCUUCAUACCACAGCCUGUAUUAUAGGGCUUCAUACCACAGCCUGUAUUAUAGGGCUUCAUACCACAGCCUGUAUUAAAGGGCUUCAUACCACAGCCUGUAUUAUAGGGCUUCAUACCACAGCCUGUAUUAUAGGGCUUCAUACCACAGCCUGUUUUAUAGGGCUUCAUACCACAGCCUGUAUGAUAGGGCUUCAUACCACAGCCUGUAUGAUAGGGCUUCAUACCACAGCCUGUAUGAUAGGGCUUCAUGCCACAGACUGUAUGAUAGCUCUUCAUACCACAGACUGUAUGAUAGGGCUUCAUACCACAGACUGUAUGAUAGCUCUUCAUACCACAGCCUGUAUGAUAGGGCUUCAUACCACAGACUGUAUGAUAGCUCUUCAUACCACAGCCUGUAUUAUAGGGCUUCAUACCACAGCCUGUAUGAUAGGGCUCAAGCAAAGAAACCUGGCCACUUUCAGGGUUCGUCAUGGUUUCACUGUGACUGGUGGAUCUCCACGCUGAGAAAAUACUCCUUCAAGUGUAAAUUAAGGUUGCGGAAGUUGAUGCUCCACUUUAAUAACAGCACAGAAAUAUAAUUUCAAGAAAUUAAUGCAAUGCAAACUUUUAAAUUUUUGUUAAUAUAAUUUCAUGGGGCAUUAAUUUCCUACGUGUAUGAUGAGGUUAUAAUGAAGUAAACUAGUUUGUUAUAACAAUGACCUCUAUGAAGCCAAGCAGAGAAGCCAAGAUUCGAUCACCGAGAAUAUUUCGAUUUUAUUUCAGCAACUAAGAAGUUUUCAAUAACUUUGAAAUUUUACUAAAAUGCUUAGCAAUGGUUAAACUCUCAAAGAAUCAAACAGAAAAGAGGAUACCUUUUUUGGCAGAAAAGAUAAUGAAAACUGAAGAGUAACAAUAACCCUACCAAUGAUUCUUGUGUGCCAUAUGGUUGUGAAAAAGUCUAAAUAUUAAUGAGAGGUUUUGCGUAUUUAUUUCUGUUACUGCUGACAGCUUUCGCAAGCCCUGUUUGAAGCUGAACUACAAAACCAGAGGAAGUUCAUGAAGGGCAAAGUUACAUCAAGAGCAUAUGAACAGCUUACACCACAAGAAAUCAGGGACCUCAAGCUGGUUUUUGAUGUGUUCGAUACAGAUAAAAGUGGGUUAGUGGUUGUGCUAUUGAUCACCCUUCAUUAAGCAAUCACUUGCACAUGCCAAGGAGCUUAUUCUCAGAUUAGAUAUUGUAAAACUGACUUUCUAUCAAGUGGUCAUGGCUUGUACAGUGACAGGGAAGCUCUGUAUCCAUGAGACUCAUCCCAUUGGGGGGGGGGGGGGGGUUGUUCCAUAAAAGAAGGGAGGGGGGGGGGGGGGGGGAGAGGGGGGGAAUUAGGGGGGGGGCGGGAUCAAUAAAAAAAACAAGAGAAUACAGACGAGGAGAGAACGUAGUGAGAAGGAAUGCACGAUAUCAUGAAAUAUAAAAUGGGGUGUUUGGGUUGUUGCUUUCGCUCUCACCCAUAAAUCACUCCUUGUGCGGCCACAAAGGGUUUUUUUUUAUAAUAAUUUUUGAAAAAUUUUUUUUUUUUGCGGGGGGGUGGGGUGUUAGGGGGAGGGGGGAGUUUUUUUCCCCUAGAGCCCCCCCGGGGGGGGGGGGGGGGGGGUUACUGCCAUAUAUGAGUGAUAUAGGUAUGUGCCGCUGCAAAAGGUAUCGUUUUCAAGCAGUUUACUCUGGGACAGGGUAUAUAAAUCAGAGAGUUUGGGUCUAGAAGAGGGUAUCAUUUUCCAUUUAGAUUGAUCCAUUGGCUGAAGAUUUUAGUCUAGACUAGGGAAACUGGGAAUUGCCACUCAAGAAUAUAAAAAAAAUCAAAUCUGUUUUGUUUUGGCUGGACUGUGCUAGUGACCUCAGUUAUUUCUGGAAAACAGCUACUCUAGGAUAGGGGGGAUUUGGGGAGUUUUGAGUUUUAGUCUAGUAUAGGGUAGCAAAAUUCACUUGAACUAGCAUUGGUAUAGGCUAAGGGUUCCAGCGUCCCAGCGGCACAUCCCCACCCAAAAAGUCCUAAAGUACCCCCCACCUCCCUGGACUCACAGUUAAUCAGAACAAGAAUUGGCAUGUUAAAUUGUUUGAGAGAUAUAUGGUUAAAACUGUGCAUAAUUUUUUAAUCACCAUUCCUAUUAAUGUGUGUUGAUACAUGUGUGUUUAUUGAAAGCACACAGUGCAAAGGAGUGAUAUUGUCAGUAUAUUGAUGAAUAUUAUAUGUGCGUGCCAGAUCUCUCCCUGAGAUGUUGGAUCUUUGAUUUUUUAACCCCACCAUGAGAUGCAUGUCCCUUGGGGGUACCAACGUUAUAAUCCUGUACAGGCCUGACAUUUUGAAAGAAAUCUCUCCUAUUUUCAGGUCCAUUGAUGCUCAAGAACUCAGAAAGGCCAUGAAGGCAUUGGGGUUUAAAAUAUCAAAGGAAUCAAUAGAAGAAAUGAUAGGUGAGGUAGUGUUACUGUAAUAUUCUUUACAGCAAAAAUUGGCAGGUAAAAGAACGUUGUUUUAAUAUUUCAUCUCACUUUGCAGACAUGUUUGUCUCUGCCAGCGAUUUUUGUCAGAAAUGCAUUGCAGUUCCAUCAGCUUUUUACCAUCCAAGCAUUAUUUUUUCUGACAUGUACUUUUGGAUUUGUGUUAUUCUAAAGCAAACCAACCGUGAACUUGAUGCUUUCAUGUACCACCAAUAAACUAAAGAAUAAUUUCAGCUUGUACCUCAGAUGUUGUACCUUAUGCUGAUGGAUGUUGCAUGCAAACUUGCCUUUUGCUUUUCAACCAUACGCAAAUUAGUUUGCUAUGCACUUUUUUUCUGAAUAAAAUAGAAUAAUAUGAAACCAAAAAAAUAUAUAAGAAAAAAAGAAUGAUGGCCAGCAUAACUUAACUGUAUUAUAUAUCCAUCGUGGUAGAAAUCAAUAAUUUUUGUUAUCUAAUAAAAUUUUUGAUGAUUAGUUGGAGCUCGUUGAGAACUUUCUUUUAACAAAAUUUCCCCCAAAAAUAUUAUUUCUGUGGCGAUGUAAGGAACGCAAAAGAUUCUUUGAUGCUUAUUACUUUAUCUUAUCACAACACUAGUCUAAUCAUAAUCACGCAAUUCACAGCUACAGGUAUCUGCAAUAAAUCCUAGUCUACAGCUUCAUUUCUUUGUUUAACUGCUUGUAAAUGCCUCUGAAAAGGGGGCAGAGAUCUUGUUUGUUUAGUUUGUUUUUGUCUUCCACGUCAAGAUGAAAGGUGACUGCUCUUCUGCAACUGUUUACAAGACCACAAGAGAUACAGUAAAACCCUGCGUAUAAGAACCAGGGUUUUAUUAAGAACCUGUCAGGCUAAAAUUUUCAUGCUAAGCCCCCUCCACGUAAGAACCUAUUAAGGCUAAAGUGAGGUUCUUAUCAGUGGAGUUGCUGUAAAAGUGUAUAGGUAGACUCUGCUGAAUUAAGUUCAUCAUCUAAUUAUAUUUAAAAGCAACUUGACAUAACAUUUUUUUACUGCCUUUAGGCAUUACUGUAUGGUAGAAAUGUUUUAUAUUAUGAGAUGAUAUUUAUCAUGUUUAUAAUAUAUUUAAAUGAAAUUCAUAUGAAAAUAUAAGAGCCUAUUUUAAGAACCUUGGAAGUCUACAUUUGCUUUAAGUACCAUUUAUAUAAGAACUUGUUAAGGCUAAAUUAAAAAAUCCAGGUUCUUAUACGCGGGGUUCUACUGUAGCUUUCUGUUUCUAGCGUUUGUACUUACAUGCAGCAUGGUUGUCAUCCUAAGCAGUACGUAUUUUCAUGUACAGUAGUAGUCAAAAAAAGAUACUUAACAGUUACAGAAAAUACUGUUCCUUUUUGCAUGUAAAAAGAUAAAAUAUUAUACAGUCUACUCUCUCUUAAUGCAUGGUUCAAUUUGACGUGUUACCUUGCCCCCUCUGGGAGUGCCCCUGGGGAUUUGGAAUUUUUUCUCUCCUGGUGGUCUAUUCCCCUCCCCCGGGCAUGCGGAAGGGGAGAAUUCCCCACCCUUCAGCUCCUGAUCGAUCUCAUACAUAUAAAUUUUUGGCCGGGGGGUAUAUCUUUUUGAGAGCAAUAGUGAUUUCCGUACAAUAGCAAAACGUGUCGUUUUCAGAACUUUUGUAAAAGUUUUCUAGAUUUUAGUAAAGGAAGGAUAAUACAUGUACAUGUAUGUAGUUAAAACGUAAGUGGCAUUAAAUAUGAAAACGGAAAGGAAGGACAAAACUCUUAAGCGCCUCCUUGAUAGAACACUUUAUAAAAACACUGGAAUGAAUCUGUGUUUAUUUGUUAUGUUAAAAGCCUUUUAGCCGUUUUCAUAUACGGUCUAUUUGAGUUGUUUUAUUAUUAAACUAGGCUGAGGAAUCUUUCUUUGCUUCUUUUCCAAAAAAACAAAUCCAUUCAAAUACCCAUCCCAGGGGCGGAUCCAGGAUUUUCUUUAGGAGGGGGUGCACUUGUCUCUUGCUCUACUUCAACACCAAUAAACCACAUAGUUUUUUUUUUUUUGCAGAAUACCAGUUGUAUUAGAAAAUCGCAGGUCAUCUCAGGGGGGGGGGGGUGUGCACCCCUGCACCCUCCCCCUAGAUCCGCCCCUGCAUCCUAAGCACAUUCGUUUGGAAUUUUAAAACAUACCUUCAAAAAGUUGCUAAAAUUGGGCCUGGUCUAAGGUUAUUCGUUUCCCGUGCCUUUGCUCUGGAGACAGAGACCAUGACAAAGAUACAAAAUCAGGGAAAGAGAAACGAAGGAACAAUUAAGUUGAAAAUGUUGUAUCUAUAAGCAAAGAAUUCUCCUUUAUCCUUUUCUAAAGUUGAUACGAGGUAUCCGAUAGAUAGGAUUUGAGGAAUUUCUUGUCAAGAAGUAGUUUUACGGUUUCCUUUUUUCAGUCUUGGCAAAUAUUUGUUAAAAGUAUUCAGUUUCAUUAAAACUUUUUGUUGCGAUAAUAAAUGUGACAUAGUGAUCCAGUAACUCGAGUCCAGGCCAUUCUGACUUUCCUCGCCCGAUAGCAAUGGGGAUCAUUUGCGGUCUGGGUAUCAUUUACGGUUGGGGAUCAUUUGCGGUGUUGUUCAGGUGUAAGACUUCGGAGUGUUCUAACAUGUGGUCAAAGAAGAAUCGAGGAUGGAAGGUGUAAAAAAGACGCGAUCGCUUAAUUUCAAACCUGAUUUCAAGUUGGAAAAAACUUGCUCAGGAUCAGUGUCGAAUCCAUUUGCCGAAACCUGGUACCCACCUCCCCCACGAAAUGCAAUGAGUGGUUGCUAUGGAGACGUCGCCAGCUCCUCACAGGUGCAAACGAUACUUGAACAGCAGCAAGAGGCUAUACAGCUUAUGACUUCCUCAAUACAGAGAGACAUCAACAGUUCUGUUAAUUACGUAAAGGUUAUGAAGCGCCUCCCCCUUCAUUGCAGCCAAAAUGGGCCGAUAGAGCUGGAACGCUUGUAACCUGAGAUCAGGCUCUAUUUUCGUUUCACUUUGAAAAUUACAUUCCGGCGGGCAAGGCGAAACGAAAAGAGAGCCUGAUACAAACCUUCUACGAAACGUCUGCCGCCCACUUUUUUGAUUGAUUGACAUUUGCGAAUCAGCCAACCAAAAAUAACUUCCGUUGCUUGUUUUUCUAGUAUGCAAAUUUUUCACGCGUGGGAAAAAUGCAGACCGGCUGACUUAAAAAGUAGCUUUUAUCUGUUAAUUUUUUCAGCUACAAAUAAAGCAGUCAGCUUCCCUGCUAGCAGAGGUCUCUCACGGCGAGGCAAAAAUGCCUCGCCGUGAGAGACCUCUGCUAGCAGGGAAGCAGUCAGCACAAUCACAUUUAACUUCUUGCGAGAUUAAGGGAGAUCUCGAACGUUAUUUCUGUUGGCAUAGAAGGUAAAAAGUUUUCGAAAAGACGGCAACACGAUGUUCUACUAGUUUUAUUAUUUUGGCUAGGCGCGCUCGGAUUUAAAAUACUGAAAUUUCUAGUUUUCUGUUACCUUAUAUUUUCCUCGGUAAUUUCCCCGAUUUUCAGUACAUAAAUCUUUAAAAACAAAAGUAAACAGCCAACAAGCGAGGACACCAGUUUUCCUGGUUUAUAUUUUACAAAAAGCGAAGGCAAACAACCAGUCUGUUACCUUAACCCACCAGCUUUUAUAAUAAUGCCUACAAAAAUUCCUUGAAUAGCGAUGCGAUAUUUUUCGUCUAAUACUUCACAGUUGGCGAUUGAGGUUUCUUUCGCAGUGAGCCUCAGCUUGCGUACCCCGUUCAGAGACGUCAUUCCCUGCUAAACUUUCAGAUGCAACCAGUUUUAAGAUGGACAGUAGUUUUAUUUGCACUCGUUUGUUGGUAAAUCAAAAGGCUUCUUGUUAGCGGUCAAUAACUUGCAGAGGGAUUCAACUCCGCGAUACACUCACAUUAGUUCCGUAAAGAAAGCAAAUCCUGAGAAGAUAUGAACAACCAUAAGAAUUUUCUGAAUUUCCGUGGCACAUAUUAAGGCAUAUUUUCCUACCAUAAGACCAUAAAACAAUAAAAAAGACAGCAAAGUCGAUCCUUCUCUCCGCCGACGACGGAUCAUUCACGAAAACAACCACGCGAGGAAUAAGCGCUUUCAACUUCCGGCGUUUCGCUGUCGGUUAGUCUAGAACACCGUAACAAGAUUGUCGGUUAGUCGCAAUGCCGGUUUUAGUGGCCGUAACGAGCACAAACGUGAGAGAGUUUGUAUCAGGCCCAAUUUUAGCGGUAGCCGUUAGAGAGAAAGUAUGAGAACCGCUAAGAUUGGGCCUGAUCUCAGGUUAGAACGGUUGCGCUAAGUGGUACGGUGCCCACCUUUUCACAUUUGGUUAACUUUGUCGAAGAGCUAUGUUGCCGAACACGAUGUAUGGGGAGUUAGUUGGGUCAACACCGGAUAUUGAUCGAGGUGAAAGUCAGUGUCGAAAAGGAAGAAACCGUCCAGCCUGCGCGCCAUGGGAGGUACCAUUUCCACGCAGUGAGGACUGGAGCACAGUGGGCAUUUGAGGCAAAGAAAUGUACCUUGGGCUGAGUUACUUCUCCGACGUCCACGCUCUGAGGCCAUAUCUGCCGGGUUUGAACUGCUGCCCACAUGUAUCUACUGUCGAGGAGAAGAUGGGGUGGAUACUCGAAAAAGAGAAUUUUUGUUGCCUACUGUUUAUGGCACGUCGGACACUUAGGAACCUUAGGAAACAAGAACGCUCUAAAAGCGUGAAGUCUCGCUUGCUUUGAGAUAGAUAAGAAGUGAGGAGGCGAUUUAUUGUACACGAAGCAAGAUUUCCUUGCUAAAGUUUCUCACUUCCUUCCUUAUCAACGGUCGAGUUUUCUUCAAGAGAGGUCAAGGAAUCGGGGAGAGAGAGAAUGGAAAUGUGGCUUUUUCCUCUGGAAAAAGAAGGAGGACUGGCCUGCGCAUCCCACUCAGUUGCCGGAAUUGUCUGGCGAACACAAAGAGCUUAAGCCGAAUGUUGGUCAAGCAAAUGUGAUCGUCUGUGAUGAGAGUUUUGCGGCGAGGUUCUCCCGUUAUUCCUCGUGGGAUAGCCUUAGAAAGGCAAUUGCCGGGUUGCUACGUUUGAAGAACUGCUUGUCCAGUUAUGUUACGAGGUUUCCAGGCAUUGUUAUUGGAGGGCCUUUGUCUGUCGCUGAAAUUGGUGUCACGGAAAGUUGCCUUGUCAGAAUUGUUCAAAGGGAAGCGACCCGAGAACGCCCAGAUGUCAUUUGAAUCAAUGGAUCCCAUCAUCUUGCCAACGUAACCCCGCAACCAGGUUGUUGGCCCAAACCUAUCAUCGGAUUCAAGGUCAUUCUGGUCCCUCUCAAGUGCUAGCUUCAAUCAGGCAGAGGGUCUGGGUGAUUCGGGGUCUUUCGGUCGUGCGCCGUAUCUUGGCAGGCUGCAUGAAAUAUCGCAAGCGGAAUGCUCAUCCUGGUGAACAGAUAAUGGCUCCAUUACCUGAAGCAAGAGUUUCACAGUCCACCGUUUACCCGAGUAGGCGUCGACUACUUUGGUCCCCUCUACGUCAAGCAAGGGCGUAAUCAAGUCAAACGCUAUGACUUUUUGUUCACAUGUAUAACAUUCAUUUUGACAGCUUUGGUGUUAUAAUCUGUCAUAAUCUCGUUAUCAGUCCGGGAGAAAUUUCGACACCUAUUUCAGUGUGAGGUUUUCACGGCAGUACUGUUCAGUAACAGAACAUUACAGCUGUGUUAUUAGGCUCACAAAAAAUAUGUUCAAGGUCAGGAAGUUUCCAAAAUUAUUUUUCUAAUUUUUUCAAUGAAAGAUACAUGUAUAAAGUCCACAAGUAGGAUUUUGAAGGACUUUAAAUAUCUUUAAAAUAUAAUGAUUAUUUUUAUUUUCAAUCUUGUUUGGGCUGAGAAAGAACUUUUAUGUUGAGACAAUAAUGACUUAAUCCUGGGUUUGGUCAGUGAUGAACGAGUUCCAACCAGGCCAGUAGAUCCUGUCUAAGCAAUACAUAGCUUAUGGAAAAAUAAAGUAUUGAUACAUGUAGAAGCAUUAAAUGAAUGAUCUUGUUGUUUGUUUUUGUUAGCUGACCUGGAUUCUGACAAGUCAGGGUAAGUACUAACCAGUAACACAAAAACCUGAUUGAUUUCUUAAUUCAUCAGAAAAAUUCUUAUUGCCGGUUAUAUGCUUUUUAAGUCAGCUACCCUGUUUUCAAGGAUGUUGAUUUAUCAGCCUGUUAGAAGGUUUUCACUAUUAGUGGUUCGGUUCAGGGGCAUAAAUUACGGGAAAAUGAAAGAAGGGUCUAUGAACGGGUAAAAGACAAGAGAGCAAAAUAUUGCCUAUCGGGGGUAGGCACGUUGAAUCUGACACUCACCCACAUGCUUAUCUGUUUGAGAAUCCUAUAGAGCGAUUUUCGCAUGACUUUGAAAAAUGGUUUCGGUAAGUGUUCGUUAUUUGUUUUAUCAGCCAAUGGAUGAAAAGAACAAAACAUGGACUCUUCGUUUUCCCGCCAAAGAAAACCCUGGUAUGGAGAAUGCAUUGUUCGAUUGACCAAUCGUGUUGCAGUAUGACGUCAGAGCGAUUUCUAGAAAGUUUUUCGGGCAUGAAGUUUUUCCAGCCGAGCGUUCGCUUAACCAACCAAAAACCAGGUGCCUUUGUAUCCGUUCGAUAAACCAAUCAAAUGGUUUUAUUUCCGUUCUUUUGUUGUUUCUGUUUUGUUCGCGCGUUUUCAUUUCAAGGUCAUAUGAAAAUCGCUCUAUUAGUCGAUGAGGCAAAAAGUUCCUACACUAAAACUCUGAAGACACAAUUAUAUCUUGAGUACAGACGCUUCACUUGUGAUUUUUUGAUCGCAUCAAAAGUUUGCGAGACGAAAUUUAAAGAUUUCUGCCAUCCUUGCACUGUCGAUUCAGAACCAGGAGUCAACAUGUCAGGGGCCCGUUUCUGCAAAGUCCCGAUAACUUUUCGGGCCCGAAACCAAAUAUUCAGAUCGAAAUAUAAGGAAUAAGAGCGCGGGUCCUUGCAAGCAAAAUACUCCAUUUUGUUUCAAUAACUGAUAGUUUUGUCAUGUUAGAUGCAAAACUAUUGAAACUUCUAUCUUGCAUAUAAACAACAACAGCUUUACGGGCCCGUUAAUUAUCGGGACUUUCGAGAAACGCGCUCACAGUGAAUGAAAUUGACUGCACCAUUGCUCUUUCAGUCUGUUACUUCUUGUAGGCUACGAGGAGUUAAAAUACAUUGUAUUCUUGUGUGAAUAAAGCAUGUAGAAUUUGACAGGGAGCCAUGUGGGAUCCUGUUUCACGCAGUCUUUCAAUAACAGUCAGAAUAACAAGCUCUUGAUUGUAACUUACAACGACACAUGUAGGAUAAGAAGUUCAAAUCCAAGUAAAUAACGUGGGUAGAGUGGUGCGUAAAGACGAACUUGACAAGAAGUUCUGAUUACGAUAUAUGCAAGUUUGAUUGAUAAAGUUCAAUGUUUCAUACAAGUUCAAUUGAGCCGAGAUUGAGUGCGAAAGAUGAAAGGUUAUUUGUGGGCUUAUGGUAUUCGACGAAACGAAACGAAACGAGUACUGUAACUUGUGAAAUCACAGGUGUCCCAAGCUCACGUUACGAGUUUGUUAUGUAAGUUAACUUUCUCACAAGAGAGUCGGUGUCGCGUUACAAACAACCGUUGAGACUUUGAAUGAGAAAUACAGUACUGCGAUCUCCGAACGCUAAAUAUGUAAUAAGAAUGAAUAAAAAGAUAUUUUAUUUAUUUCCUGUGAAUGAAAACUACAUAAGGACACAAAAAACCAAACUUUAGUCGCUAAACCAGCAAAAAAACCGACAAUAAGUUUGACCCCUGUCACUCUCUUCGUAAUACGAAGUAAAGGCAGCACUGAAAAACAGCCGGCGGUCCGGACCUUGUCUCAGUGAAAUAUUUCAACCGCCUCGUCCCUACUCCUUUUUUUUGGAACACGGCUCCGCCGCCAAAACUUUAAUCUCGCACCCACACAAUACCGCCAGCCACGCAGGCUAUAUUUAUCCUGCCACCAGACAAGUAAGAUCGCAUUCUCUUCUCGACAUGUUUGAACAGCGUCCCAGAUUUUUGACAAGUGCGUUUGUUCUUUUGUUAUAAGUUGGGAUAAACAUUGCAUUGCCGGUGGGAUAAAUCUUUGCCAAUUUGGUUCCCGACUUGUAGUUUAAAAUGAACAAAAUGUCUAUUUCGAGAAAACAAGGAAAUUUUCGUAAGACUAAAGCAAAAAAGCUGUCAAUGUUAAUACGUACCAGAGAAGGAGCAAGAACGUUUUUGACACAGCAUGGACCGUUUUCGCCGCAUGUGGCGUCUCGGACGCGAAUUGAUCUCGUUGUAUAUAUUUACAAAAAGGAUCUGCAUUUUUUAAAUACUACUUAAAAAUACUGAUUAGGAUGGCAAUCAUGCCGCAUACUAAGGCAAAAACUGAGCUACGACACGGGAGGCCGAAUCUCUUGCAGUCUGUUAGAAACAAGGCUAAACAGUUCGGGAAGUGUCAUCAUCUUUCGUCUUGAUGUGGAAGAAAAAGAAAACUAGACAAACGAGAUGGCACGUGCCAUGUGUCGUGCUUGACAUAGCCCAUUUUCAUUUGACACACCGCGUGUAGCGUGACGAAACGUCACUUGCGGUGCGGAGCAAGGAGAGGUGACUGUUUUCACAGGCAUGAUUUCUCGUUUUUUUCCCCAUUUUUUAGUCCGCGUAAGUAGAUAAAACAAAACAAGACAAUACUUUUAUUUGGAGUCUCGUAGCUAGUCAUAAACGUUGAAAUUAUUUUAAAAUUACAACAUACAGCUAUAUCAUUAUCAAUAAUUAUAUUUUAUUAUAAUAUUUUAUUUUCAUAUCUAUUUUUAACCCGCCACCCGUCACCCGUCACCCGCUACCUGUCACCCGCCACCCGCCACACGCGGAAAAGUCCUGCCGUUUGUAACGCGACACCGACUCUCUUGUGAGAAAGUUAACUUACAUAACAAACUCGUAACGUGAGCUUGGGACACCUGUGAUUGCACAAGUUACAGUACUCGUUUCGUUUCGUUUCGUCGAAUACCAUAAGCCUUAUUUGUGAACCACGUGGCCUGAAAUACAACAGAGAAAAUUAAAUCUAACAGAACUAAUAAAUCUAGGAUAGGCUGAUGUGUAUGAGAAAAUUAAAGCUAACGUUCGCAUUAAUGGUAGCAACUCUGAAAUGCCAUAAUUGCUUAUUUAUGCAUAUCACACGGAAGGCUAAACAAGAUGAUCAAGCUAUACGAUGAGUACGACUAUACUACGACAGCUUACGACGGUGGCUAAUAGUGAAUAUACCCUAUAUUAAAGAAAGAAACCUGACUUAGUAGCUCCAAAAUGUAACAACGUUCCGAGAAUAGUCGACUUGGUAACAAUGAAGGAGCAAUUAAACAGCCAUUAAACUUCGCCUGAAUUUCAUCCGGUUACUUCGAGUCGUUGUUACUCCCUCAGUAACUGAGGGAGAAAUAACGACUCGAAGUAAUCGGAUGAAAUUCAGGCUACCAUUAAACUUAACUUGACCAAAAACAGUGAAAAAGAAGAUCUAAAAGCUUAAGCCCUAAAAACAACGAAUUAAUUAUUAACUUUGGGUUGCACACGCCGUAAACUUGACUUGAUUUGGGUGGAUGAAUACCAGUGUAGAUAGAACCUAUGGCCCAAUGCCAAGUAGAAAUUGUCAGAUCGAAGUCUACACUAAUAUCGAUAGCUGUGAAAACCUUAUCGAUAUGCUUAACAAAAAGACACGCAGGCAAAACUUAGCGAUGAUGGCAAUUUGCCUAACAGAAAUUGCAGCCAAGGGCUGGUCCAGUCGUACCACAAUGUAAAAUUGACAAAUUGAUAAUAUCUACGGUAUAGUAAGUUCCAGCGAUAAGAACUAAUCUAAACGCCACUUUUCAAACCCAAAAUUGAUUGGCUGCCCACCUAAGAGGGGGUACUCAUGAAUGUUUAAAAACAGGAGGGUUCCGCCCUGAAGUCCAACCCCUUACCUUUUAUAAACCACUUUAGACCGAAAAGUUACCUCAGGUUUCAUAUUCCUUCUAUGGGCAAAUGGUACCCCUUUCACAAUUUUAUCUAGUUUAGAUCUUUCCAUAAAAUGAACUGUCUUUGAAAUAUGAAUAAAUCACAAAACCAGAAUGUUUUCUUGGGGCGUAUGGAAAAGCCGGAAUCCGGAAUCCGGAACCGGAGCCGGAAACGGAACCGGAACUUAAAUUGAGACCGGGGUAAACUAGGAAGCACUGAAACCAGUACCCGAUACCCGUGUGGAAAUAGAAUUCAAGAUGGCGUCCUCUGUUAUCAUUUUUUUGCGAAAUUUUCAGCACAGUGAUCGUGAUAUACUCACAUUCGGAAAGUGAACAUAACCACUCAAAUUCAAAGAAUCAGCCCAUGCUGUUCCGCCGCAGACUCGAGCAUAAAUUCAAGCACAACAACUUCACAUUUUCACACGUACUCACAUUUCAAUCGAUUCGUCGCUUUGUCGCGAUCUGUAAACGAAAACAGAUAUGCUUUUGUAAAAUGGUAACAUUUUUUCAAUUUCAGUAAAACGGAAAAGAAUGAAAACUUUUAUAUUCUUACUCGUACCUUUUCUUACAGCAGUUACCACUGACACGCGCCCUCGAAGGGUUUUUCUCUCUCUCUAAGUUUUCAUGGACGUCAAUCAGCUGUUUCCAUGGUUUUCUCACGUGCUCUGACUGAGAAGGUUCCCUCAUCGCUGAAUGAAGGGCGAAGACUUACAAGAAUAAUUUCGAAUGGCGACGACGUUUAUAAUUAUUUCAAUAAGAUGAAGGAUUACAUUGUUUAAACAAAGAGGUCUCUGCGAGCUGACUGAAAUAGCCGAAACACUCUCUAUAGUUUACGUAAAGGUUUCCAGGUUGUUUAUUUUUUAUUUGAUAGUACACGCACGGGAGCCGUGGACGAAUUGCGAAGGUCUUUAGUAGUAUAAAUUCAACGAAACGAAAGAUAUCACACCGACAAGGGAAAAGGUUUCCUCUGAGUGGAGGCUGUUUUCGAAAUGAAUUUUGUAACCUGCAGAUCUACUUAUCAUUCUUCAUGUUAUCGAAUAGAAUCCAGAACUAACAAGAACUUAGACGAGUUGCGAGUGUGUAAAUAAGUCGAUAAUUUGAGUUUCCCCCCACAUAGUCUCGACAAAUUCGUGCUCCUCGUAAUCUUGACAUGAAGCGGUGUCAGAUCCUGUAGCAAAAUAUUGCAAAAACGUCUUACACAACGGCAUGUUCUUCCGAGUGCUCGAAAAACGGCAUCCUCGAAGACCCAGGGGCAGAUAAAGGGGGCGAGGGAAAGUCUAAACGGGUGGAAAAAUAUUUAUGGAACGAAGAAAAGUAAAGAACGGCGAGAAGAGCCCGUGGGGACAAUGUCUUACCAGACCAGUUCCAAACGGUCGCCGCCGUUCUGGCUUCUGAUUGGUCGGUCUUUUGAACACAAAAAGACCGUGGUUAGUCUUCGGUCUUGCCGCCGCUGGCAAACCUUGACCAGAGGUAAGACAUCGUCCCCAGGGGCUCUUCUCGCCGUUCUUUACUUUUCUUCGUGCCAUAUUUUUCCGCCCGUUUAGACUUUCCCUCGUUCCCACUAUCUCCCCCCCGGGUCUCCGAGGAUGGAGAAACGGGGAAAGAAUCUUGCUAGGUCAACGCUUGAAAAACCAUGGUAACGGUUGAUUGACGUCAACCAAAACGCAGGUGUGAAUCGAAGAAAAAACUCCUUGAGGGCGCGUGUUAGUGGUAACCGCUGUAAAAGGGCUCUGUGUUUCAUCCAUUGUGAGGGAAAGGCCGCAAAGGGAGGAGGAGUACUCAUGUCAAUCAUGAUCCCAAGUUGCAACGCUCACGCGUGUAUGAAAUUCUCGAAGAAAAAUUUUGCACCGUAGGCAAAAAAUGCGACAGUAAAAAAUAUAAUAACAAUAAAUAAAUAUAAUGUGGUGAUGAAAAGUCUUGAUCGAGCAAUUAUUGUUAGUGACACUCUCAAGACAGAAACGUCUCCAAUUUUUAUUUCUUAGGUUCGAGUUCCGGUUCCGGUUCCGUUUCCGUAUCCGGCUCCGGUUCCGGAUUCCGGAUUCCGGCUUUUCCAUACGCCCGUUUUCUUGACUUUGUCGCAGCCUUGAAAUGCGUGUGUUAGUUUUCCUACUCUUUUCAAAUACGUUAACUCAGAAAAUCACUAUAUUCUUGCAUAUACCUGAAGCCUGGAAAAGGUACCCCUUCAUAGCGAGUACUCUUUAACCCUCCUCCCCCAGGGUUUAUUUCGCCCUGAUUUGGCUUGUAGUCACACUCAUGAUUUUAAAGUUGGACUCUCACUGCUGAGGUAUUACAUACGGGGUAAUUAUCACUUGUAUGAUUACAGACCUUUAAUGAAAAUUAUUCCUCUCAGUCCUGUAACUAUCAAUAAUAAUUUGCGGUUAUGCCUGUACACACAGGUCGAUUGAAUUUGAUGAGUUCUUGGAGUUUGUGAUUGCAAGACAAGGGGAUGGAAGAGAUGUCCACAAUGAAAUUAUUCAGGUGUUUUGCUAUUACCUUGAUGUACCUUUUUGUCAUACUUAUAAUGUACUCACUGUAUAGUUUAGAUAGUUUUAUAAUAUUGUACAUUCCUAGCUUUUGUUUUAACAUAGUAUUAAUUCAAUGGAACGUUAUCUUACCCACAGGGUUUCAAGAUGUUCGACACAGGUAAGCAAAAAAAAUUUGUAGCAUUUUCUAGGACAACUUUAGCAAAACCUUAAUGGUUGAUGACCGCACUGCAUAUUAUGGCUGUUAAGGGUGAAGAGAAAUCAUUUUGAUGCCCCUGUGUCAUAAUUUCAGUGAAAUGUAAGAAUUUGCCUGUAAUGGAUUGGACCACUCAUAAUCAACUCUUAUAUUACUUAAGCCCUAACCUUUUAUCAUUUGGCGAGUUACAAAGGUUGGUCCGAUCCAGUCCGACCCAGGUUUUGUUGAUGUCUAAAUUUUUAGCUGUUCUGAGUGUCUGAAUCUUUGUAUCUUUGAACUUUGUGUGUUUUUGUCUGUUCUGCAAGGACCACUAAGAGGGGUAGAGAAUGGCUCCUUGAAAAAAGUGGUCUUGGAAAAUUUUGGGCCCGAUAUUUUUCGGUGGAUCCUGAAGUCUCGAUUUUGGGUGAUUUUGCGUGUCGGAGCCUCGAAUUGCCUUAAGCCUCGGUAACGAAUUUUGAAACCUGGGUCUUGCAGUCUCGCAAAGUCUCAAAUUUACCAUUCUAAUACCCCUAAUAAGGUGAAAGGUACAUGUACUAUAGUCGAAAAGUGAUUAGCAACCAAUAAGAUUUUGGCAGGUAGAAUUUUCAUUUUAACAAGGCUGGUGCCUUAAGAAAUUGACAACUAAAAAAUAUGGUCAGUCGAAAACAGUACAACAUUCAGAGUGUAUCUAUUUCACCAGCGAUGACUUUGUUCCACUGGCCUUAAAGUAGAGUACAAAAAACGAAUAAUUAGGUACGAACAAUUAGUUUAAUAUUUUGUGGGUUUGCAGAUUAAAUGGAAAAAAAAAUUGUUUGACUACACGUGUUCAUUUUAAGUUAAAAUAAAUGUACAUAUAUGCAUCAUUGUGGUCUAACAAGUUCCAAAACACCCAGUGGGUUUAAGCUUACAAACCAAGUUAAUAUCGUAAACCAUAGGUAGCCCAAGUGCAACAUUCGAGCAUCAGCUCUGUUGCAUAUAACCUUCAAAAUAUAAGGAUUUUGUAGAGAGAAAAACGGUAAUUAUUAUAAUCUUUUGAUACCUACAAAUAUGAAAGAGAGAUGAAAAUAAAAAAAGGGAUACCUUUUUAACAGCCUCCUGGUUAGCUCAGAUGGUUAACUCUAUUUAACUGCCGGCUGGUUUGCUCAGAUGGAAGGGUGCCGGUCUGCGGAGCGGAAGAUCGCGGGUUCAGACCCCGGCCAGACCAACACUCGGGGUCCUUAAAUAACUGCCUUUGUAAUGACAUCUGCAAACGGUUAGACUUUCUAGUAUUCUCAGAUACGGACGAAAAACCGCAGGUCCCAUCUUACAUCACUUUCACUUAUCUAGUUCUUGUGGGAUGUAAAAGAACACACACUUUGUUCGAACAGAGUAAGGGGCGUAGACCUCGGUGGUGUGGCUACCCUUUCCUAGGGUGUGUUAUAUGUAAGGAGAGGUCUUAAUACGUUGAUAAUCUCAUUACCCUCCUUCAGGUGUUGUUACGGCUACCCUUAAACCGUUUACCCAACUUGAACCUUUACCCCAAUAGUUACCACCAUCGAAUUUCCCCUAUCAAUAAUUACACCUAAUCAACCAUACUGCCGGGGGGGGGGGAGGUAAUUAACAAAGUUUUACAUGGGAAGUCUCCACCUCGAGGUCCAACCCCUUACCUUUAAUAUAUACCAUUUUUCAUGAAAAAGGAACCAACCAGCAUCUAAUUUCCCCUAUCAAUAAUAUCACCUAAUCAAACAUACUGCCGGGGGGGGGGGAGGUAAUUAACAAAGUUUUACAUGGGAAGUCUCCACCUCGAGGUCCAACCCCUUACCCUUUAAUAUAUACCAUUUUUCAUGAAAAAGGAACCCCUUUGCAUUGGUAUACUGCCUAGACAGAUGGCACCCUUUUCCCAUACCUAGUUUACAACUUUGAACUUUCCAGACCUUUUAACAGCUAGAAUACACUAUCUUUUAAAAACGAAUCAAUCAAAAACCGAGUACUCUUAUUCUUUAAUUAUAUUUAUUUGUUUUCAUUUUGAGUAACGUGAAACAGGAUCUAAAAAUUAGGUUAAACUAUAUUCGGAACAAAUUUGAUCAUCAACUUUUUCUUCCUUAUUGGGCUAACUCCAGAAACAUUUUAUACCAUGUUUUCCCCCUUGCAGACAAGACUGGAAAAAUCUCCCUAACUAAUCUGAAACAAGUGACUCGACUUUGCGGAGUGAAGCUGAAUGAACAAGAAUUGAAAGAAAUGAUCCAAGAAGCUGACAAAGAUGGCGAUAAUGAAGUGAACCAGGAGGAAUUUGUUAAUAUAAUGCUAAAAACAAACUUGUUCAGUAGCUAGAACAAAACCAGGUACACUUUGGUUGAAUAGAUUUGUCCUCUUUGUUGAUAUGAAUGAUAUUAAAAUAUAUGUUUCGUUGUUAGAACCCUUGAAUUGGAACAUCCAGUGUGGCUUUAAGGUCAGCAAAGAAAGACAACGCAUAUUUAGGGAAAACAUGGGUUUUUGCCCCACCACGGUAAUAACCCCUGAAAAGAAUUUCCUUUGGCAUUUUAACUCGAAUUAAUGCCAACUUUUGAGAUAAAUAACACAAAGAGUGGGUCAUUUCCCCCACACACUAGCCGGAGGAAUAAAUUGUUUUGGCACUUAACAACAAUAAAAAAAUCCAAUGGGCGACCCCAACCCUAACGUGGUGUCCUGUGCAAAGAGCUUUACAAGAUUUUCAUAUGUUCCACCAAAUCAUGUACAUUUAACCGUUACUGAAUGAGCCUGUCAAAGUAUGAUGUAAAACAUUAUGCAGAUUGAAGAUUGGCCGAGGUGGAUAACAGCCUCCUAGAUCAGUAUAAUUCUUCACAUCAUGUGAAAGUCCAAUUUAUUAAUUCAAAUUGUUUAAAUAUUCUUUCAAAAUAUUUCAAAGUUCCUAUUUCUCG